GUCGCGUUUUAUCGCAUCCAGCACCGUUCAAUAUGCAGCGCAAAAGGUAAAGUCACUUAACAAACAAUAACAAUAUGCUAAUUUCCAUCAUGCGCUUAGCAUCGGCUGCGAGGCUAUAUGGCAGAAGAGGUGGCGGACGAAGUCGAAAGCAGGCGCGUGAAACGACAAUGUCCGGGCGGCCCGUCCAGGGGGUACCAUCUUGACGGUGACGACGAGGGUGACGGUGAGGGUGAUGAUGAAGAAGACGGUAACGAUGGCAUUUGGUGCGCCUGGAAAAAGCUUUUCAAGAAUUUGAAAGAAUCUAUUGCUCUUCCGCCAUUGAGCCCGGAAUGCCAUGACAUAAUCUGGUGUGGUAGACAGGUCCAUCGACGACCUAUGUAUCCAAUUCAGCUCUAUUCUCAGCUGAACAACGAACUUGCCACUAUCACUUUACAGCCCGUCGAUCCUUGUUUUCACACAUCAUUAUCCCAAGUAGUAGAUGCGGCGGACGGCGAAACAUUUUCAAAUGCAGUUCAAAUUUUUCGAAGCCGCGGGACAGCUUUAAUGCAAAAGCAAACACUCAUCAGCAAAAGUUCUUGAGAUUUUUCUGAAUCUCUAUGAAGGCGCAGGGGAGACAUUGUCCGCUUCUGAAAAUUGCUUACGCUUUUAUGUUGUCGAUCCU